UUUCCCAGCAGGCUUCAGGCGGCGGGCGCCGCGGUGCCUUGUGUGGGAUGUAAGCGCGGAGGUGGGCUCGGGGGACCGAGGCCAGGACUCUCCUUGGGAUUUGCGGGGAGGCUGGUUUGGGUUCGUCUUCUGGACAGGCUCCAGAGGGCCGGGUAGAGGUCACAGUGACCGGGAGGGGUGACCUUUGAGGGUCCUCAUUGAGGUCUUUGGGACGCAGCCUCAUCGGGGCUGGGGGUCCCGGAUUGUAGGGAACAAGAAGGCCCCACAGCCUUGGUUGAAGGGUCUCAGCGACCGAGCCUCCGCCUGUGAGCGCAGGACGAAGCGGCUGGCGAAGCAGAAUUGUGGCGGAGGGUAGAGCCUUAGCUGAGCCUGGGAGGGGGCUCUCCCUCCGAGCCCGACCCUCCCUGCCUCGGCUUGCCGGCAGGCCACCGCCCGCCGCCAUGGGGCUGAAGGCCGCCCAGAAGACGCUGUUUCCUUUGCGCUCUAUCGACGACGUGGUGCGCCUGUUCGCUGCGGAGCUGGGCCGAGAGGAACCUGACCUGGUGCUCCUCUCUUUGGUCCUGGGCUUCGUGGAGCAUUUCCUGGCUGUCAACCGUGUCAUCCCCACCAACGUGCCCGAGCUCACUUUCCAGCCCAGCCCUGCACCCGACCCUCCUGGCGGCCUCACCUACUUCCCGGUAGCCGACCUGUCCAUUAUUGCUGCCCUCUAUGCCCGAUUCACCGCCCAGAUACGCGGCGCUGUGGACCUCUCCCUCUAUCCUCGAGAGGGGGGCGUUUCCAGUCGCGAACUGGUAAAAAAGGUCUCCGAUGUCAUAUGGAACAGCCUCAGCCGCUCCUACUUCAAGGACCGUGCCCACAUCCAGUCCCUCUUCAGCUUCAUCACAGGCACUAAACUGGACAGCUCAGGCGUGGCCUUCGCAGUAGUGGGGGCCUGCCAGGCCCUGGGUCUCCGAGAUGUCCAUCUGGCCCUGUCUGAGGAUCAUGCUUGGGUGGUGUUUGGGCCCAAUGGGGAACAGACAGCUGAGGUCACCUGGCAUGGCAAAGGCAAUGAAGAUCGCAGGGGCCAAACAGUCAAUGCUGGUGUGGCUGAACGGGGGGUAGGCAGAUUGAAGUUGCCUAGAGCAGGCACAGGGUGGGACAUCCUGAGAUAUCUACUUUUGUGCCUUUCCAAGAGCUGGCUGUACCUAAAAGGAUCAUACAUGCGUUGUGAUCGCAAGAUGGAGGUGGCGUUCAUGGUGUGUGCCAUCAACCCUUCCAUUGAUCUUCACACUGAUUCCUUGGAGCUGCUGCAGUUGCAGCAGAAGCUGCUUUGGCUGCUGUAUGACCUGGGACAUCUGGAAAGGUACCCCAUGGCACUAGGGAACUUGGCGGAUCUGGAGGAGCUGGAGCCCACUCCUGGUCGGCCAGACCCACUCACGCUCUAUCACAAGGGAAUUGCCUCAGCCAAGACCUACUAUCAGGACGAGCACAUCUACCCAUACAUGUACCUGGCUGGCUACCACUGUCGCAACCGUAAUGUGCGCGAAGCCCUGCAGGCCUGGGCCGACACUGCCACUGUUAUUCAAGACUACAACUACUGCCGGGAGGAUGAGGAGAUCUACAAGGAAUUCUUUGAAGUGGCCAAUGAUGUCAUCCCCAAUCUGCUGAAGGAAGCAGCCAGCCUGCUAGAAGCAGGCGAGGAGCGUCCCGGGGAGCAAGCCCAGGGCACCCAGAGCCAAGGUUCUGCCCUCCAGGACCCAGAGUGCUUUGCCCAUCUGCUGCGAUUUUAUGAUGGUAUCUGCAAAUGGGAGGAGGGCAGCCCCACACCAGUACUACAUGUAGGCUGGGCCACUUUCCUUGUGCAGUCCCUAGGCCGCUUCGAGGGACAGGUGCGGCAGAAGGUGCACAUAAUUAGUCGUGAAGCAGAGGCAGCAGAGACUGAAGAACCAUGGGGGGAUGAAGCCCGAGAAGGCCGGCGUCGAGGUCCUCGACGGGAGUCCAAACCCGAGGAACCACCCCCACCCAAGAAGCCUGCAUUGGACAAGGGCCCGGGCUCUGGGCAAAAUGCAGGGUCAGGACCACCCCGGAAAACACCAGGGAUUGUCCCAGGUACUACCCGUGGCCCAGAAGUCAGCAGUGCUGCUCAGGCUCCAGCACCUGCAGCAUCGCCACCCCCGGAGGGCCCAGUGCUCACUUUCCAGAGUGAGAAGAUGAAAGGGAUGAAGGAGCUACUGGUGGCCACCAAGAUCAACUCAAGUGCCAUCAAGCUACAACUCACUGCGCAGUCGCAAGUGCAGAUGAAGAAACAGAAAGUGUCCACACCCAGCGACUACACACUUUCUUUCCUUAAGCGGCAGCGCAAGGGCCUCUGAACGGUUGGGGAUUCCCUGACCAGGACCUAGGCCCUGCCCUCACUCCCAGCAGGCUUCACCCUAGUUCCCCAAUUCAAGCCCAGACUCUGCCCACAGUCCUAGGGGGCCCAGGGCUGUUCUGCAGUGACUGGGAACCUUCAGUUAGCUCCUUUAGGCUGUGACUCAGUUCUUAGAAUUUAGGUUUCAUCUCCCACCAGCCAGCCAAUUGGAACCUCAUUGUAGGUCUGUGUUAAAGGUCCAACCCCCAAAAUUCAGUGGACCAUGAUAUUGGAACCAUAGUCAAGCCUGAGCAGUUCGGCAUUCCUCCCACUUGGGGAUGAGGUUGACCUUAGCCCAGAAACACAGAUGCUACCUGGAAACCGGAGAAUCAAGGACUCCAUUCAGUCCCUAGGGGUAGAUUUCCGCACUUUUGAGUUCCAGCCUUUGGGAAUCCAGCCUCCUACCCCAAAGAACUUCCAUAUUGCUGCCUGAAUUUGGAAAUCUUCGCUUCCUCGCCUCCCUAACCCCAGAGUCCAGGACACGAAGCUUCAACUCUUGUCUGUGAAUACUGAGCCUCGCCCCCUUCCUGACCAAACUGGCCCCAGAACAGACAAGGACCUCUUCCAACCCUCUGGGAACCUCCCUGAGGUCCCGGGAGGAAAUAUGCACGGGGUGGGGGAGGGCCAGUCUCUUCCUGUUUUGUACAUAGAUUUAUUUUUUAGUUCAAGGAAGAUGAAUACAUUUUGU